AUGGCUGCUACCAGCGCUCAGCCCAUGGCCAGCCUGCCCAGCGGCCUGGGAAUCUGCACCACUGCACCUGACAUCUUCUACCUGCCGGAACUGAUCUUUGGAGGUCUGGUGUGGAUCCUGGUGGCCUCCACUCACAUACUCCCCCCAAACCCCCUGGCCUGGGUCAUGUUUGUGUCUGUCUUCUGUUUUGUCAUGACUUUCCUCUGGCUGGUCAUCUUCGCCUGUGGAGGACACAGGAACAGCUACGGCUGGGCGGCUGCUGACUUUAUCUAUCACUUUUUGGCAGUGAUCUUCUACCUCAGUGCAGGAGUGGCUCUGGCCUACAUAACUUUCAUCAAUGAAAAAACACUAAUGCUUAGAAUCUACAAGAUCGACAUUUCAGCCGUGGUGUUUGCCUUUGCCACCACACUCUUGUACUUCAUUCAUGCCUUGAUGUCUGCAAUCCGGUGGAAGAACUUCUGA